AUGAACGAUCCUUCGCCGCUCGAAAAAUUGACGCCCCUUGACUCUCAAACUGAGCCGGUGAAAAUCUCACUCAAAGACUGUUUAGCCUGCAGUGGAUGCAUAACAUCUGCAGAGACUGUUAUGCUUGAGAAGCAAAGUUUGGAUGAGUUUCUUUCAAACCUCAACAAAGGAAAAGCUGUAAUUGUGUCCCUUUCUCCUCAGUCUAGAGCGUCUCUUGCUGUUCAUUUCGGACUUUCUCCCCUUCAGGUCUUUCGGAAACUUACAACUCUCUUGAAGUCUUUGGGUGUGAAAGCAGUAUUUGAUACCAGUACCAGUCGAGAUUUAACGCUUGUUGAGUCUUGUAAUGAAUUCCUAACACGCUUUAAACAAAAAGAUUCGGCCGAUGCUGAGAAGUCAAAAUCAUCUCUUCCUAUGAUUUCAUCGGCUUGUCCAGGUUGGAUAUGCUAUGCUGAAAAGACUCUUGGAUCUUAUAUUCUUCCGUAUAUUUCUUUGGUGAAAAGCCCGCAACAAACUAUUGGAGCUGCCAUCAAGAACCACGUAUGGGAAGAACUACAUAUCAGGCCAGAGGAGAUAUAUCAUGUUACCGUGAUGCCUUGUUAUGAUAAAAAGCUCGAGGCUGCUCGGGAUGACUUUGUCUUCCAAGUGGAUGCGGAUAGUGAGAGAGUUACAGAGGUUGACUCGGUAUUGACAACUGGAGAAGUUUUAGAUCUAAUUCAGAUGAAAUCAGUUGAUUUUACAAACUUGGAGGAAUUUCCAGUGGAUAAACAAUUGUCAAAUGUAGAUGAAGAUGACAAUCUCUAUGGUGUCCGUGGAAGCUCGGGAGGUUAUGCCGACACAAUAUUCCGACACGCUGCGAAAGCGAUUUUCGAGAAGGAAAUUGAAGGCCCUCUUGAAUUUAAGACAAUAAGGAAUGCCGAUUUUCGUGAAGUGACUCUGGAAGUAAGUGGUAAAACUGUGCUAAGAUUCGCACAGUGUUAUGGCUUUCGGAACCUUCGCAACAUUGUCACGAAAAUCAAAUCCGGAAAGUGUGAGUACCACUUUCUGGAGAUUAUGGCAUGCCCAUCAGGAUGCCUCAACGGUGGAGGUCAAAUCAAGCCGAAACCUGGUCAAUCUGCGAAAGAUUUGAUUCAGCUUUUGGAAACAGCUUAUUCCGAAAAUGUAUUAAUAGCCGACCCUUUUGAAAACCCUCGAGUCAAAAGAUUGUACGAUGAGUGGCUCGGUCAACCUGGUUCAGAGAUUGCAAAGAGACACCUUCACACGGAAUAUCACCCUGUCGUGAAGAGCAUUUCCUCUCAGCUGCAGAACUGGUGA